UUGAUUAGCAGAUUAGAAGCGCGGUACUCGGCAAUCAAGAACUCGCUUGGCGUCAAAAAACACGGUCGGUCGCUGUCGCAAUAUGAGGUCGAGGACUCGUCAUCUAAGGCUGAUGCCAUCACCAUCAACAAUAGCAUCAUCGCUCACGUUCCGAGAAAGCCGCGACGAAAACGCAUUGGUUUGGCGGUGAACGCCGAACAAACGCCGAAACUGUUCGGCGGCAGCUUGGAGGAAUACGUGGAAAUUACCGGUCAGGAGAUUCCGUUGAUCAUUCGAAGCUGCGUCCGCAUGCUUAGUCUUUUUGGUCUCCAUCAUCAAGGCGUCUUCCGAGUCAGCGGCUCGCAGCUGGAAAUCAACGCCUUCAAAGAAGCGUUCGAGAAAGGCGAAGAUCCGUUGGCGAAUGUCACCGAUUCUAGCGACGUGAAUUCAGUAGCCGGCGUGUUGAAGCUCUACUUCCGUGAACUCAGAGAGCCGCUGUUUCCGCUGUUCAUGUUCGACCAGUUCGUCGAAUGCGCCUGCCUUGAAACGAAGGAGGAGUUCAUCGAAAAGGUGCGCGACUUAGUGCAGUCGCUGCCUCGGCCGGUUUUCGUCGUCAUGCGCUACAUGUUCUAUGUUUGUUUUAGUUUCGACGAAAACAUGAUGGACCCGUACAACCUGGCGAUCUGUUUCGGGCCGACGCUGCUGCCGAUUCCCGAGUCCAAAGACCAAGUGUUCUACCACAACCACGUCAACGAGCUGAUGCGCAACUUGAUUCUGUAUCACGACGAGAUUUUCGUCAAGGACGGCGGCAUCGUAUACGAGAAGUACCUCCUGGCUGACAAAGAGGAUACGGCUGAUGACGACGACGAUGCGGUAUUGAUCGACGAGGACGACAUGAUGGGCAGCUUCAUGGACACCAGCUUCCCAGCUAGACCUGCAACUGUCACCAGUGUCAGACCGCAAAACCGCGUUAGGGGUCGGCGGGGCUACUACCGUUCCCCACCGUCGAACCGUGGACCAUGCAGUUUGCCGUGUCGCUGCUUCUGCAGGCAUCGCCACUGA